CCGCGCGCGACGAUUCGAGCGACGAUGCGCGCGACGACGGCCACGACGACGACCACGACGACGACGACGACGCGCGACGCCGCGAGGUCGAGCGCGCGGCGGACGGCGACGCGUCGACGCGUGGACGUCGGGGCGACGCGACGCGCGACGGUGACGGUGCGCGCGUCGUCCACGGCGCGUGGGUUCGAAUGCGCGAUCGAUGCGCGAGGGGUCGACGCGGCGGCGACGACGACGGCGACGGCGACGAUGCGUCGACGACGCGUCAUCGCGCGGUCGACGACCGUGGAUGGGGAGACUGGAAAACUGAACGCGCUCGGCGCGGCGAUAUGGAAAUUCGUGCGUCCGCACACGAUUCGAGGGACUUUGCUCGGUACGACGGCGAUCGUGUCGAAGAUUUUGAUGGGGAACCCGGAAAUGAUUUCCAUGCAUUUGGUUCCUCGCGCGUUGUUAGGGCUGUUGGCGCUGCUGAUGGGGAAUGGAUACAUCGUCGGAAUCAAUCAAAUUUAUGACAUCGACAUCGACAAGGUGAACAAGCCGUUUUUGCCCGUGGCUUCUGGUGAACUCUCCGUGUUCGCCGCGUGGGCGUUCUGCGCCGUCACCGCGCUCGGCGGAGCGGCGAUCGUCGCCACGAACUUUGGAGCUUUGAUCACCAAAUUGUACUGCUUUGGCUUGUUCCUCGGCACGAUUUACUCCGUGCCGCCGUUGCGCUUGAAGCAGUACGCGCUUCCCGCUUUCCUCAUCAUCGCCUGCGUGCGUGGGUUUUUGCUCAACUUUGGCGUGUACCACGCCACUCGAGCUGCGAUUGGUUUACCCUUUGUGUGGAGUCCUGCGAUUACGUUCAUCACCAUCUUCGUCACGACUUUCGCCACCGUCAUCGCCAUCACCAAGGACUUGCCGGACAUCGAGGGUGACUUAAAGUACAAGAUUGAAACGUUUUCCACGCGUCUCGGGGUGAAGAAGGUGUCUUACAUUGGAUCAGGGUUGUUGCUCGCAAACUACAUCUUCGCUAUCGCGCUUUCGGUGAAGAAUCCUACGUGGUUCAUCCAACCUUUGAUGAUCGGCGGCCACGCCCUCUUCGCCUCCUUCCUCAUCGUCAAGACCAAGGCGCUCGAAAACGCCAAGUUUUCGCGCGAUGCCAUUCUACAGUACUACCGCGAUAUCUGGGCGUUGUUCUAUUCCGAGUACUUUUUGUUCCCGUGGAUUUGAUUAACGUCAUUCUUCGCGUCGUAGCCGCA